UUCGAAAUGGGAUGCUCACAGAAAACCUCUGCUUGCGGAUAAGUGGCAAAAUUUAGAACAAACUCAACAGCUGAUGUCGGAAACAUGGCGAAAUUGACGCAUGUUGUGUGGGGUUUGUCUUCAAAUUUUGCUGCAAAUCGAUAUUUUUCUCGAUUAUUGACUCCAUGGUACAAUAUAUCUAUAGUCAGAUCAUCUCGAGAAACGUCAACAAAUGUUGCUGUCAAAGCUGAAGACGAUUUAAUUAUCAGUGAGAGUUGCGUAAAGCGCUUAAAGGAAAUAGCAAGCGAUGGUACAUAUUUGAGAGUUGUAGUGGAAGGUGGUGGUUGUUCCGGAUUUCAAUACAAAUUUGAUCUAGAUCCAAACAUACAAGAAGAUGACAAAGUAUUUCAAAAGGAUGGUACUAAAGUAAUUAUAGAUUCGACAUCAUUAGAAUAUGUGAAGGGAUCAACAAUAGAAUACCAUACAGAAUUGAUACGAUCUGCCUUUAGGAUAACAAAUAAUCCACUAGCUGAAAAAGGAUGUAGUUGUGGUGCUAGCUUUGCUAUUAAAAUGGAAUAAAUUAUUAUAAAUGUAUUUAUUUA